AUGAACGAGGGGAGCGCGGCAGAACAAGUGGGUGCUGUGGCGUCUGUUGUUCUUGUGCGCGAGAGCAUUCGAGGCGUCUCCACAACGCUCAACCGCACGAACUUUCAUCACAGCUGCAUGCAGUAUGCAGGAUGCAACAUCAACAACUGCCUUGCCGGCGUGCUGCUGAACAGCGAGCUAACACACCCAACGCAGCAACAGACGUUGCAGACGUUGCCGGACACGGUGCUUUCACUUCAGGCGGCCCUGCGCGUGCUGGAUGGCGUGGAUGCUGCUGCCAUCACCAGCACGCGAUUGGGCAUGUACCUGACAGCGUAUGUGUACUGCAGGCGACGCGAGUGGAAUGUGUUUGCGCUGGGUCUGGCCAGCCACCGCACCACGCUCGGCGGCGGCAGCAGCGGCGGGCGAUCACGGGCGCCGCAUCGUCUGCAUGUGCACGUGAACAUGCACGCGCCCGUUGUUGUCGACCACCGCGCGGGCGCACAGGUCAACCGACGGCUGUGCUCGCUGCAGCACCGGGCGCUGGUCCGCUUCAUAUCCGACGCCAUCCAACGACGGGCAGGGGCAGUCCCUGAUCGUGUUGGUGCUACUGUUGGCGUUGCUGCUGGUGGUGGUGGUGGUACUGUUGGUGGUGCUGUUGGUGGUGGUGGUAAUUGCGGUGCGACGACUGGUGGUGGUGAUGUUUAUGUGGAGGUGUCGCUGUCGGUGUCCGUUGCUGACCCAGAACACGCCACGGUCAGCACGGUCGACUGCGCAGCUGUUUCGGUGCAUGGAGACGCUGGGAAAGAAGGCAGUUUUGGUGUUGCCGGCGGGGAUGUGAUGAGCGGCAAGCAGAGCGAUGAGCAGGGCGAUGCUAGGAGCGGUGGUAGCCGAAGCAACAACGACAAUAGCAGUCGCAACACCACCACCACCACCAACAACAACAACACCAUCAACAACAACAACGACGACAGUGGUGGCAGUGCGAGCGCUUCAGGGCUGUUGCCGGCCCGGUUUCUGGUGUUGCUGGAGGACCUGCUUAAGUGCGGGCUGCGGCGGGCGUGCCGCGAUGUGCUGGUGCAACACGCGACGUCGCUGGUGCAGCACCCGGCACUGCUGGCUGGCGCGGCGUUGCUGGCCACGUUUGCGUCCCUCCACCCGCAUGUGUAUGCAAAGCGGUGGCGCGGGCUGGCUGGGCUCGUGCACACGUGCGCAAGUUCGGAGCACACAGGCGUCUACGGGAGGGAGAUGGCGCAGGGCAGGAAGCUGUAUCACGACCGCAAACCGCUCGACCACACCCAGCUCGACAGCAUCACCAACACCAGCACGAACAACAACAACAACAACAACAGCAACCAUGACAGCAGCAACCGCAGCAGUGUGCAUCCUGGCCAUGACCUGGACGUGGUGUGGGUGACGCACAAGGUGGUUGACGGGUAUGCGCUGCGCACGCUGUGCCAUUUCCCAGAUGCCUUUCCCUGCCAUGAUGAGGCAUGGCUGCACUUGUGCCAAGAACUUCUGCAGGCCACGGACAAGCGCCGCAAGCAGCAGCGCCAGCAAGAGGAAAGGCAAGAGGAGGGACGUGGCCUUGGCGAUGGUGCUGAAGCAGUGGCAGCAACGGCAACGCCAACACUGCAGGGAGGCCUGCAGGGAGGUGGUGGAAAACACAGCCCUCGAGCGAAGAACGCCGCCAGUGACGCUGGUCAUGCCAAAGGAAACCCGUUUGCCCUGCUGCUGCUGCCAGAUGAAUGA